AUGGCAACAUUGACAUCAUCUGAAACUAUUGACAAUCAUGAAGAAGAUAAUUCGACUUUAACAGCUGGUUUUGCAGCACUUGCAUUUGGGGAUAAAAUUUUAAAUCCUGAGACAACAUUAAAUGGUCAUUCAAUUCCCGAUGAUGUUUCUUCUCACAGUUCUAAUAGUAGUGAUCAAAAUCAACAUAAUCAUAAUGUAACUCAUAUUAUGCGUCCAUUUAUUGAUCCCGGUUUAGUUAUACAACAACGUAAAACUGCUAAUGAAACCUGGUUGAGUGAUUUUGUUUCACCUACAUCAGCACCACAAGGUGCUUAUUCACCAUUAUCUCAAGCUGUUAAAAAAUUAUUACCUGAACGAGCUGCUUGUCGAUUAGGUUGUCGAGGUGCUAAUUGUAAAUAUGAAAGAUCUGAUUAUUGGCGUCCAGAACAAAUGGCUAUUGAUGGAAUAUUUUCGCACUGGAUAACUGAUAAUAUCUUAGCAUGUUCUCGUCCCACUACACGUCAUUCUAAUUUGAAGAAAUUAUUUUAUGAAGCAGGUAUUCGUGCUGUAUUUAAUUUAGAAUCACCUGAUGAACAUAUUUUUUGUGGUCAUGGAAAUCAUUCAUCAGGUUUUUCUUAUAAUCCAAGUGAAUUUAUGGAUGAAGGAAUUUUUGUUUAUAAUUAUGCUAUGGAAGAUUAUGGAACAGUUAAAGUCGAAACAAUACUUGAUAUUAUGAAAGUCAUGAGUUUUUCUAUGAAACAAGGAAAAAUUGCAGUACAUUGUCACGCUGGUCUUGGUCGUACAGGUUUUGUUAUUUGUUCAUAUCUUGUAUAUGAAUAUCGUAUGUCUGCUCAUGAAUCAAUUCAUUAUAUUCGUGCAAAACGACCAGGUAGUGUACAAAUGACAAAACAAAUUGAAGCUGUAGAAGAAUAUGAACGAUUUCUAAUUCCAAAACGACGUGUUUUUACUGAUUGUGCGGAUGUAAAUGAUGAACUUUCACUGGAUGUACAUUUACAAAAUCAACAAGCAUUCAUUCAUGGUCGUGAUGCAAAUAUUUAUAGAUAUAUUCCAAGAGUAAUAUUUGUAUGUGCUGCUCGUUUAAUCGAAUUAUGUACAGGUUAUAUGAUUGAUACAAUAUUAGUUACUCUUAAUCGUCGAGCAAAAGAUAAACCAGUAUUUGUUCGUAAAAAUCUUCAAAACUUAACUGAAGAAGAAAAAGCGACGUGGUUGGAUUUUGCACCAUCAUUUUUCUAUGAACAUGAACGUCUAUCACAUAAUGAUUUUAGUCCAUAUAAACAAAUAAUUAAUUGUAUGAUUAUGUCAAUUCGGGAAGAUUUUCUUACAUCAGAACAACAAACGAAAAUUUUUUCAUUGAAACAAAAAAUAAAUAAAACAAAUAAUGGUAUUGAUGAAGUUUUUGAAGAAACCGAUCCAUGUAUAAUCAGUGGACUUUUAUGGACAUGGUUAAGAUUAUUAAAAUAUCCAAUUAUUACAAAUGAAGAUUUUCAUUUAUUUACUAAAACUGAUGUUGAACAACCAUCAAUAAUUUUAUCAAAAUUACUUAAAUUUCAACGUGGUACAAUUGAAUUACUUGCAAAAAUGUUUGCUUAUAUUCGUCGAUUUACUAUUCAUCAUGAUGAUCGUUUAUUAGUUUAUUGUAUAAUACAUUUUCUUACACAUCGUCCAUUAGGUGAUACAAGUGAAUUAAAACAAUUAACUAUAGAUAAUGAUAAAAUACGUUUAUUUCUUAUAUCUGAACAAGCAAAUUAUCGAGAUAAACAACAACAAAGUACUGUUGAACAUAUUGUUAGUAAUGCAGGUCUUACUCGAGAAUUAUUAGAAAAUUUUGAAAUAUUUUUCAUUGGUGUUGCAAAUCAAUUUGAACAACAUUAA